CUGUUGCAACGCACCAUAGUAAACAGUUGUCACGUGUGGGAUGUCAGAAGAGAAGCCACGUUUUCGUCGCGCUGCCCAGUACCCGUACUUUUAUACUACAAUAAGGACCGACGAAAAUGGAAAAAGUGUUGGCGCCUAUCUCUUUCUACAAUGGAAGGAAAAUGCCCAUUAUUGGGCUGGGGACAUGGCAGUCAUCUCCAGAUGAAGUGGAAAAAGCUGUUGAUGCUGCAUUACAAGCUGGAUAUCGGCACAUAGACACAGCUGCUACCUAUGGGAAUGAGGCUGCCAUUGGGAGGGCUUUACAAAAAUGGCUUGAGUCUGGAAAAAUAAAAAGGGAAGACCUGUUUAUUGUUACUAAGCUACCACCAGUGGGAAACAGGGCAGAGUGUGUUGAGAAGUACCUGAAGAAGUCUCUUGCUGCUCUGCAGCUGCAGUAUGUGGACCUGUAUCUUAUACAUUACCCUGUUGGCCUCCAGGAAUUACAAGAUGAAAGUUUUCCAAAGGACAAGGAUGGGAAUAUUUUGUUUGAUAUGAACACGGACCAUAUCAGCCUAUGGAAGGCGAUGGAAGCCCAGGUAGACGCGGGCCGUGCCCUGUCGAUAGGUCUCUCCAACUUCAGUGCCGAGCAGAUAAAACGCAUCUGGCGGUCAGCACGGGUCAGACCAGCGAACUUGCAGGUGGAGCUCCACGUCUACCUCCAGCAGCGGGAACUGCGUGCCUUCUGCCGGGCUCUGGACAUCACAGUCGUCUCGUACUUCACUCUCGGUUCUCCUCGCUACUACAGCUACAUUGAAAACCUGGGCUUGGAUGUUAGUAGAAUACCAAAACAACAUCCCCUGAGCGAUGCUGUUGUCUUGCGCAUUGCCCAGAAACACGGGAAGUCAGCUGCACAGGUACUGCUACGGUUUGUCAUGCAGCUGGGAGUGGCCGUCAUACCGAAGAGUACUAAUCCUGAGCACAUACAGCAAAAUUUUGAUGUUUUUGACUUUGAACUUUCUCCAGAAGACAUGUAUUCACUGGAAGCUUUGGAUAAAGGAGAACGGGGCCGACAAGUGAAUGAUGUAAUUUUUCCAGGACAAGAAAAUCAUCCCGAAUAUCCAUGGAAGUAUCACUAUUAAUGAGAUAUUGUUGUGAAAACAUUAUCCAGCAAUGAGAAGAUACUGAAAUGUAGUAGCAUGUUAAUUGGUGGUUAAUGCAUUGCAAGAGCUUUAAAUACCUAGAAAAAACAAUAGUGUAAAAUAAAUGCCUGACAGCAAUUUCUAAACAAGUGGGACAGUCCAAGGUCACGGAGACACGGAGCGCCCACACACACUCUCACACACACACACACACACACACACACACACACACACACAC